AUGGAUGGGAUAUCAUCUAUCACGGCAAUUGAUCAAAAGAUGGCUGAGAUGCGCAUCAAAAAUUUAGAAUUACUGAAACGUCAUCAGGAAAUCGAAGAAGACCGUCAACUUGCUGAACAAUCAGGGGCAAUAACAUCUGCAGUUGAAUAUACAAAAGACACGUCAAUAACACCAAUAGCAAUGCGAAAUACAACGAAACAACGUGGACGACAUGUAGCAACUCAACAACAUUCUCAAGAAAGUCAACAUGAACAAAUGCAUCGAACACCAAUAAGACGAAAAUUUGAACAUGAUCGUGCUGAUCUACAAUCUCAACGUGUACAAAGAGUUGAUUAUAAUCGUUUAAAACAUGAACGAGCACAUGAAGUUACCAAUUCAUGUUAUAAUAAUAAUAAUACAAUUAGUCCUGAAUUACUUGAAUAUGCAUAUCCAUUCCAUUAUCAAUCAGAAAAUAAUUAUGAUGCCGACGAACCGGCACAUGCAAAAAAACUUGUCAUUGUAAACAAUCAAGAAUCGUCAGGCAAACACUCGUCGACUACACGUAUUGGGAGUGGACGUUUUAAUCAACAACAACAACGAACUCAAGAACAAGGCCAACGUCGACGAGAAGAACGAAUGCGUCGAUCCGGAGUACAUAAUAAUGGUCAUCCAGGAGGACCUUCAGAAUUUCAUCUAGAUGUACCACAAAUACCAAUAUGGCAAAAUAAUUCUAUACCACCUUCACUUCCACUUCAUGUACAACUUUUACCAACAAAUAUGAAUGGACAUCAUACAAAUGUUGAUCAUCUUAUGACUAAUGGUGGCGAUCAAAUUGAUCAAUCUACAUAUCUUCAUAAUUUUAUGUAUUCACCGUCUACACAAUCAUCAUCAUUUAAUGGAAAUGGUACUGUUUAUUUUACUCAUCCAUCAUCAUCUAUGCCAAAUGGUCCACCUUCAUCUCAAAAUUCUCAAACACAUUUUCAUCAAUAUCAUCCAACACGUACAUUUGAAAAUUCAAAUCGACAGCAAUUUCAUAAUUCAACACCUUUUCAAUCAUCACCUGUUUUUCAAUCGACUACUCCACUUACUGCUCCUCCUCCUUCAACAACUCCUUCACAAUUAUUAACACCAUCAUCUUCAUCUUCUCAUCUUCAUCAACAACAACAACAACAAGAAAAUUUAUCGAUGGAUUUACCACCACGAUUUCGUCGUUUAAAAAAAUCCGAUCAAGAUAAUAAAUAUUCACAAUCUCGACCCAUGUCUAGUGAUUUUGAACAUCUACGUAAUUCAUCUUUACGUUUUAAUAAUGAUAAUCGUUUUCAAACACGUCCACAAUCAUUUUAUGAUUUUGCAUCUCAACAACAUCAAUCAAAUAAUAAUUUUUUUCGUUCUUCAAAUAACAAUAAUAAUAAUAAUAAUAAUCGUUACCAAAGAAAUACUCCUAACACUAAUAAUCUUCCACUUUCGGCAUAUAUGAAUACCGAUGAUGCAUCAUAUCAAAAUGAAAAUAUUAAUAAUAAUAAUUAUUGGGGAACAUCAUCAUCAUCAUAUCAACGACGACGAUCAACACAACAACAAAGAACAUAUCAAGAUAAACAUCAAUUUCCAUUAUCAUCAUAUGAUCCUCGUCAAUAUGGUUUCAAUAAUAAUAAUUAUCAACAACGACGAAAUGAUUUUAAUAAUCGACCAAAUUCUAAUCGACGUAAUCCAAAUAAUAAUAAUAAUAAUAAAAAUCAUAUAAAUGAUACAAAUGAUAUUGAUCUUAUUGAAGAAUGGUGGGAAGAUGAUAAUACCGAAUUAAUAAGUCUCAAUAAUCAACCUAAAACAAAUAUUGAUUCACAGACAACAAUAACAACUGUUAAUGAUAGUGGAAAUAGUUCAUUAUCAACAAGUAUGCAUUUGAAAGAAUCAACAUUAGAUGAUGAAGAAAAUAAUAUUUCAAUAAAUGAUUUUAUUAGUCCACCAUCGGAUACAUCAACAACUGAUAGUAACAUUAUUGAAUCACUUGAUCAACUUCAACAACAAUUGAAAUUAGAAGAAGCUGUUGAACAACAAUUAGCAUCAGAAAAUGAUCAUAUUGAUGGUGAUUUUUCAGCAUUAGAUAAAGAACCGACGAUCUAUGAUACAGCUCAUUUUCUACAAUGGGCAAAAGAAAAAUUUAGAGAGGAAUUAGCAGGUCGACUUACAGCGAAGGAAAUUCAACAACAUGAUGCUGUAACAAGUGAUGAUGAUGAUGAUGACGAUAAUAAUAUUGUUGCAUCUACUGAUAUUAAACUAGACAAUGUUCAUAUUGAUCAAACAACAGAUGAUGAUAAUGAAAAUCAUGUAGAAAAUAUGGAUGAACUUGAGGAUAAUCUCAAUCAAAAAUUAACUAUUGAAGAAAAUACAAAUAAAUCCAUUACUGUUGAAUGA